AUGGAAAUGAUAGGUUACGCAUCAACAGCUGUGGCAGCAGCAUCCGUUGCAGAUCCAGGACGAACCAUGCAAGGACAACAGCAGGAGGCUCUGCUCGAUGAGUUAGAGGCGGUUGAGAAGACCGGAAUACGGCGUGGAGAUGCCUACGUGCUAAUCACAAAUACCCAUCCCAUGGCCGCGAGGUAUGGACAAAUGAAUGAUGGUGUAAUGGCUGCACAAGCUUUUGUUUUCUUUGCUGCUGGAUUUGAAACAUCCUCUACCACAAUGAGUUUUGCUUUGCAUGAACUGGCAGUGAACACAGAUAUUCAGGAGAAAGUUAGAAAAGAAAUAGAUACAUCUCUUGAAGAAACUGGCGGAGAAUUUACUUAUGAAUCCAUUAUGAAUUUGAAGUACUUAGAUAAAGUUGUUUCUGAACAAACAAGUGAUUUAUCAACAAGAAAAGUUAUAAUAUAA